AUGCCUUUAACCAGCACUAUAACAGAACGCCAACACAUUUUGGUUCUUAAUCAAGGUCAGCACCAGGCUGGAGUCAAACCUGCGGUUCGCAUGAUGGUCGCAUCGCGACCUCCACCAAAUUACUGCCGCAGCAAAAGUUUGCGAUCUGGUUCCGCUGCCGAUAACAGCUCCCUUUCGCCUAGUUGUGCAGUUGAAUUUUGUGCUGUUGUUGUCCGCCAUGAAACAAUCAAUGGAGACAGUGAGCAGUAUCAACUUCGGACUGGGAUGCUUCGAUUUGAAUUACGUGUUGCAAGAGCUUGCAGAAAUGUCCCAAAGAGUCGUAGCAAACAUCACCUGGCCGGAGACGAUUAUCAGUUCCUGCAGCACAGCGUAAUUCCUUCGUACCAUUUCCAGAAAAGUCUCCGACGUUUGCCCAUUCCAAAACUAACAGAUACUUGCAAUCGAUUUCUAGCCUCGGCCAAGGUCGUUCUUUCCGAUACUGACUACAAGCAAACGGAAACGUUAGUGCGAAAUUUCGAGAAGCAUGAAGGACCAGAACUACAAAAAGCACUUCUGGAUUAUGACCGCAAUCAUAAAGAUACCAGCUAUAUCUGCGAGACCUGGUUCGAUAUGUACUUGAAAUCCCGACUACCGUGCCCAGUUAACUACAAUCCAUUCAUGAUGUACGCUUCCGAUCCAGAUCCUCAUUUCAAUCAUCAGCUUUCUCGAGCUACCAACUUUGCUAUUUCGUUCGCCCGCUUCAGACGUGCACUGGAUAAUAAUAUACUGGCUCCCGAAGUAUUUCAUUUGAAUCCCAAAAAAAGUGACACCAAACUGUUCCGAAGUGUUUGCAAGGCACUUCCUCCUAGCCUUUCCUGGUUUGGAGCGGUAGCAUUCAAAGCCUUCCCACUAGACAUGAGUCAAUACAAGUCAACAUUUAAUGCAACUCGCAUCCCUAAGAAGGAUAAAGAUGUGUUGUAUCAGGAUACAACGCAAAAACAUUUUAUGGUUCUUUACCGUGGCAGAAUUUACACUGUUCACAUUUUUGACGACAAAGGCAAUAUACUUCCUGCCGAACACAUCCACAACUCUUUGGCGCAUAUUCUAAAAACAGGCACGCAACAGGAAAAGGACAAGUGCAUCGGUGCAUUAACCAGUCUGGAACGCGACUCAUGGGCUAAUAUCCGUGAGGAAUUGUUAGAAGCUGGUAAUGCUGAUAAAUUUUGUUUGAUUGAUGGUGCUCUUUUCACGUUGUGUUUGGACGAUCUGAAGUCUCAAGACCCAUCUAGGCUUAUUCAGUCCCUUCUAAUUGGAGAUGACGCUAGUAACCGUUGGUUCGACAAGAGUUUCCAGCUUAUCGUUGACGGGUGUGGUCAAGCUACGAUUAACUUCGAACAUUCUUGGGGUGAUGGAGUUGCUGUGCUCCGUCUCAUGGAGGAGUCGUACAAGGAUACGAAUACGCACCAUUUUGUAACUCCUGACACCGUACCCCAAGCAGCAUCUCCAGGAAUGGUGAAAGAAAUCGAAUUCAACCUUACUCCUUCGUUGCGAUCACAUAUCGAUAAGGCCCAAAAAGCGCAUAUACAAAGAAACAACGUACUCGACUUUUCUACAAUGGAGUAUGAUGGCUUGAACAAGGAUACAAUUAAGAAGUCAAAAAUGUCUCCAGACUCCGUUAUGCAGCUAGCCAUUCAAAUGGCAUUCUAUUCUUUGUACAAGGAAUUCGUUCCCACAUACGAGUCUUGCUCCACGGCAGCUUUCCUUAAAGGCAGGACAGAGUGCAUGCGCUCUGCUACUGCCGCUACAAAAGAAGCUGCUCUAGCAUUUUCCGCCGGAAAAACAGAGAAAGCUGGAGAAUUGCUGUCGCAGUGCUCCAACACACAUAGCCAAUUGGUGAAGGAAGCAUCAAUGGGCCAAGGGUUCGAUAGACACCUACUCGGUCUGAAGAUCACUGCUGAACGUCUUGGGAAGAAGGUUCCAUCUCUUUUUGAGGACUCCGGAUUUCUUCGUAUGGGUCAUUUUGUACUCUCUACAAGCACUUUAUCUACGAACACCAUAGCGUUUGGCGGAUUCGGUCCCGUAGUGCAAGAUGGUUUCGGCAUAGGGUAUAACGUGUCGUCAUCUCGACUUGGUGCUGUUAUUACUAGUCAUAAGAAGAAUCGUGACGCGAAGGAAUUCAGCAAGGCUUUAGAGAGAAAUCUGGAUAUUUUGAAGACCAUAAUGAAAAAGACUUGA